CACACAUCAAAGAGAGCAAAGAAGAAGUGAAUAUUUUUGAGAGAUGGAGAUCAAGAUGGAGAUACCGGUGAUCGACUUCAGCAAGCUCGAGACAGGCGAAACCAUGGCUCUCCUCCACGAGGCCUGCGAGAAAUGGGGCUUCUUCAUGAUCGAGAAUCACAGCGUGGACACGGAGGUGAUGGAGAAGGUGAAGGCGCUGACCAAGGCCCACUACGAGCAGGCCAUGAAGCCCGCCUUCCUGGCCUCAGAGACCGCCAAGACCCUCUCCACCACCAACAAUGAGUACAUCCACGACCGCGACUGGGAGAGCAGCUUCUUCGUCUGGCACCACCCUGACAGCACUACCACUGUCCUCCCCGACUGCCUCAGGCAGUCGGUGGAGGAGUACAUCAGCCAGCUGAUGAGGCUGGCUGAGAAGCUGUCAGAGCACAUGUGCCAGAAUCUUGGGAUCAAAAGGACCCAUAUGAUGGAGGCCUUUUCCGGGUGCAGAGGCCCCUCGGUCGGGACCAAAGUGGCAAUGUACCCAAAGUGCCCGCGGCCCGACCUCAUGAGGGGCCUCAGGGAGCACACGGACGCUGGAGGGAUCAUACUCCUCCUCCAGGACGACCAGGUCCCAGGGUUGGAGUUCUUGAAAGGCGGGGAAUGGGUCAAAAUCCCGCCUUCCAAGAACAACAGGAUAUUUGUCAACAUCGGGGACCAAGUGGAGAUCUUGAGCAACGGGGUGUACAAGAGCGCGGUGCACAGAGUGAUGGCGAUGAAGGAGGGGAACCGCCUCUCCAUCGCUACGUUCUACAACCCGGCUGGCGACGCUGUGAUUUCUCCGGCCGCCGACCUCCUGCUCCCCAAGGAUAUUAGGUUUAAGGAUUAUCUGAGCCUCUACACUCAGACCAAAUUUGGGGACAAAGCCAUCCGCUUUCAGUCCCUUAAAGCCAUGGCUACUAACAACUAGGCUCAUAACCGAACCCAAUGGCUUUCUAUGUUUUUGUUGCUCUCCUUCAUUUUUACCUUCAUUAAAGAAAUGCAUCUUUGAGUAUGCAUAAAGUCUGGGGUUUUGCGAUGCUUCAACUGUUAAACUUAAUUUCUAUUUAAGAAUUCUGCAGUCUACUUUUUCCUAAA